UCCAGCCGCGGUCACACUGCAGUACACAGAAAAUUUACAGAAAUUAAGGAAAAAAUUAGGGAAUUCAACGCACAAAACGCUAUUUAAAGUGCCCGAAACGCAAGGCGCUGUCAUCAGGCGUCCCCGAGGACCAAAAGGGCACUGAAAACAAGUUCGGAACGACGAGGAUAACACGGACAAACGGCCGCCGCAAGAGCAACAGCCCUCCGCCGUCGCCGCCGCCCAAAAAGAACCGACGACUGCCAGCAGACCAGCCAUCAGCACCCCCUGCAGUACCACCCCGCCGCCACCGCCACCGCCGCCGCCGCACAAUCUCCAAUCUCGCACAAAGCACUCCGCUCCUACCCCAGAGUCCACUCCAGUUUGGGACAGCAACUAAAAACUAAACACACACCAUGCAAGCGAUCAAGUGCGUCGUUGUGGGCGACGGAGCCGUGGGAAAGACGUGCCUGCUGAUCAGCUAUACGACCAAUGCCUUUCCCGGGGAAUAUAUCCCCACCGUUUUUGACAACUACUCCGCCAACGUGAUGGUGGAUGCGAAGCCUAUUAAUCUAGGACUAUGGGAUACCGCUGGACAGGAGGACUACGACCGCCUCCGACCGCUGUCGUAUCCACAGACUGAUGUCUUCCUCAUCUGCUUCUCGCUGGUGAAUCCGGCGUCGUUUGAGAACGUGCGGGCCAAAUGGUAUCCGGAGGUGCGCCACCACUGCCCCAGCACGCCCAUUAUCCUGGUGGGCACCAAGCUGGAUUUGCGCGACGACAAGAACACGAUCGAGAAGCUGCGCGACAAGAAGCUAGCGCCGAUCACCUACCCGCAGGGCCUGGCCAUGGCCAAGGAGAUCGGUGCGGUGAAGUAUCUGGAGUGCUCGGCGCUGACGCAGAAGGGCCUGAAGACGGUGUUUGAUGAGGCUAUCCGGUCGGUCCUGUGCCCGGUUCUGCAGCCCAAGUCCAAGCGCAAGUGCACCCUGCUCUAAAAGAGAUUGAGCGAUCGAUAGAAGCAAAGAGAGAGAGAGAGAGAGAGAGAAAAGAUCCUCCCGCUGGAUUCUAUUUAAACGUAAUAUUAUUAACGAUAAACAAUUAUGUAACCUAAGCGUUGGCCAGAUAAUCUGCAAUCUGGCUAAACCGUAGUUUCUUUGUUACACUUCUUUGCCACUAAUUUGUGAGAGGGAUCCCUGCUGGGAAACCCCCGCCAACCCAUUCAUCCUCUUGCUUUUGUUUCCGUUUCCCGUUCCGAGUUCGUUUCGUGUGUGUUCUAUAAUUCAUAAUCCAUAAUUCUGUUUCCCUGUGUGCAUUACUUUGAACUAAAAGUUGUCGCGAAAUGUUUCAAGAUAAAAAGAAAAACAUGGAGAACCCCCAAUGGGAGAUCCGUAAACUGUAAACUCUAACUGUACUUUGUAUUAUUUAAUAACUUUUUGUAAUUAAAAUUAAUGUUGUAAAACUGAGGUAAAACCAAAAGAAAAACAAAUGAAAACCUAAAAAAAAAAAAAAAAAAAAAGAGAGCGUAAGGAGAGACGAAUUAGCCGCAUAAAAGAGCAUAAAGCAUAGAUGUCGCCUGUUGAUUGGUAGGUCCUCUAGCUGGGGAUCCAGGAUAUUGAUAUUGAUGAUAUUGAGAGUCAGUAAAGUAAACGUUCCAUUGCAAUUACACUUACAUUAUUACAUACUUGAAUUUAGAUGUUGUUGGAUGUGUAACAACUUUUUAAACACUUUUGCUAGAUCCAGGAACUAUCAAUAUAUAUAUAUAUAUACAUAUAUUCUAUAUACAAGUAUGUAUAAGAUGAAAAGUCCUUCGUAUACUAUGUACUGAAAAUUAAAGGCAUCAAACUGAGAAACACUUUGAAUACUUUGUAUUUUAAAAACAAACAGAAAACAGAUAUUCAAGACAUAAAAAUCAACAGCAACAAAAACAAGAAACGAAACCAAGAUAAUUAUAUAAAUGUGUCUAUUUCAAUGGAAAUCAAUAAAGCAUUAAAAAGA